GAUGACAGUAGCCUUUAUAUAGUUUGAACGCGUUCAUAAAAUUUUCAAAAUAAGUGACGACGCCGUUGUUUACGGAUGCUAGGGAACAAUAGAUCUACUUGAAUUUUCAUGUAUGUUACGGAGUUUAUCUUUUAAAUCACAAGCAAAACUAGAGGUCUGAAGUGACUGCUUACAGGAACAUGUACGUAUGAUGGUAGUAUUAUCGCAGCUGCAUUAAACCAUGUGAGAAAUCCUGUCAUCUGCAUUAUCCUGUGAUUGGAUUCUUCCAUUAAUCAACAACAAUCCGUCAUGUUUGGCUGGAAGAAAAAGAAGAAGGAAAACAAGAAUACUUCCUCACCCUCUGGAGGUUUUUCAUCAUCUCUGAACAACCUCCUCAAAGGUUCGCCCAAGGCCAAGAAGGCCAAUAAGCAUGGUAAAACUGAUAUCCUCAGCGGUAGUCAGACAUCAGGGAGCAACUCUCCGCACUCUGUCACCGACCGAGCCCACCUCACAAACACUCCCACCUCGUUCAUCUCCAAUGGCUCAGCUUCGCCGUCCCCCAGCAACAACUCCAGCCAGAUCACCUCCCAGUUUGUGCAAUCCUUGCCACCGCCAGAAUACUCUUUGCGUGUGCCUCCAGAACACAGUCGCCUGACGCCAAAGACAAGUAACUCUGAUCACCCAUCUUUGCGUGCUACUUACACUCCACCUCCUGGGUAUGGCAUUCUGAAGCAGGUUGGUCGACCUGGAUCCUCUGCUUCUGAAUUGUCCAAUGCAUCCAGACUCACUUCACCCUCAGCUGAAGGGGAGGAUGCAGACUUUGAUGUUACUGGAGAAUCAAACAAUGUGUCAAAGAGUGCAAACAGGAGCACUCAUCCUUCCAAGCCUCUUGAGGAUUGGUCAGAAGCAGAGAUUCUGCAAUGGUUGAAUGACAGUGAUCUUGAGUACUUUGCUGACAUCUUCCAAGGUUGUGAUAUUGAUGGGGAUUACAUUUCCCAAGUCACUGAAGAAGAUCUCGUUGACUUGGAAGUAGAGGAAGGGAGCCUUAGAGAACAGCUUUUGAGAGAAAUCACAAACCUUAAACAAGAACUUGCACAAGAAUCAAAUACUCAGCAAGCUGAACACAAUGGAGAAGAAGAAGAAGAACAAUCUAGCUCAGUGCAUUUUGGAGACACCUCCGAUGAAGAUCUCUUCCCAGACCUUCCCACCUCACCCUCCCUUUCUGCCCUCAAGAGUGGUCCAAAACCCUCCAUGACAUCAUCCGUCAAAGGAAAUAUUUCAGAGACACAGAAUGAGAUAAAGGAGGAUGGAAAAAAGAAAAUGAAAGAGAAGGAGCAGAGGAAACGACAAGAUAGUGAUUUGUCUUCUAUCUUGAGUGGUAGUUCUUUGAAGUCAUCAGGGUCAGGGAGUGGACCACAUAGAGGACAAUCUUCUGAUGAUAGAGGAAGCAAGAUAAACUCAUCUUUAGAAGCAAGCCCAGAACAUGCAAUCCCCAAAUCUAGCAUUCCAUUUAGCAAGAAAAGGGUUUCUCAGUGGACAGAGAGAGAUAUCAUACAUUGGUUGGAUUCUAUAAACCUGGGACAUCUAGCUCAAAACUUCAUUGAUCAUGACAUUUCUGGAAAAGAGCUAAUGGAAAUUGAUAUGUCCUUGCUUGAUGAAAUGAAUAUAGAUUCCUCAAUAGAAAGAGAGAAAAUCUUAUCUACUCUCUACGAAUUGACCAACCCAUCUUCUACUACUGCGAGAGAUGAUGUUUUGAGUGUUAUCAGCCAUACCAGCGGCUAUGAGAAACAGAAAUACAUGGCAGCGGUAAGUGUGUUACAAUCAGAUGACCCUGAAGACAUUCAGCUCUUACCACCAGAAGAACGGGACAGUCUACUAUCUAGUCCGGAGAAGAAUGACAGCAGAGAAGAGAACAAGAGACUGAAGGAUGAAUGGGAUGACGAUGAUGAUUGGGAUGAUGAAGAGGAUACAGAGGAGAAGGUUGAUAAGAAGAAGGUCACAGGAAGAAUGGAUGCCUCGGAUGAAGAAACCGAUGAUUCUGAUGGAGAUUUUGAUGAUGAAGAUGAUACAGAGAAGGAGAUUGAUAAGAAGAAGGUCACAGGAAAGAUGGAUGCUGCUGAUGAUGAAACCGAUGAUUCUGAUGGUGAUUGGGACGAUGAAGAUGAUGAGGAAGAAGAAGAAGUUGUGGAACUUCUGGCAGAAAUCAAAGAAACUGAAAAAAAAGCCAAACUUGCUGCAAACCAAGCAAGUAAAGAUGCAGAGAAAAAUAUACCCUCUGGUAAGACUGCUGAUAAGGACAGCAAAGAAUCAGAAGACAGCGACUUUGACUUUGACAAUGAUGAUGAAGAAGAAGUUGAGUUUAUGAAUAAAAAACAGAGCAAUGAAGCUCUGAAAUCAGCCAUGAUAGUUAAUAAUAUCUCAGGAAAUGUGAAAUGUGUUGAAAAUAAUGCUUCCAAAAAUACUGCCAAUAGUACCAAGGUGCUAAAACAAGGUUCUGUUGAGAAGGACAAUAUCUUGAAAGGCUCCCCCAAAGAACCUGUGACAAGAAAAACCUCUGUUGACAAAAAAGGCCUGUCUAGAACAACUUCCAGUGAUUCUCUAGGUGCAGUGAUCCCAGCGAAUGUUUCAGUAGAUGGGACUGAGCAUGGGGCCAAAAAGGAUUUCACAAAGGGAAGGAAGGUUGAGACUGAGAUACCAGUAGAGGAGGAGAGUCCCAGGCGAGGAGAUGUGAAGCCAACAAGAAGUGAGAGCAGUAGAAGUUCUGGGAGUGAGAAAGAAGAAAAGAAGAAGAAAGGAGGACUCUUCAAGCUGAAAGAAGUGAUCUCCCCGUCAAAUUGGAAGAAGAGUCCAAGAGAUAGCAACACCAUUCAUGUAUGGACAGAUGUUGGACAAACAGGGAGUGGAUCAAAGACUCUGGUAGUGAAACUGACAGAGGAAUCAACAACUCAAGAUUUAAUCAAUUUAUGUUUAAAUCAGUUGGAUCUGAUUGAGGACCCCAGACUCUACAGGGUGCUACAGGCUACAAUUCAUGGCAAAGACAAGGGUAAUGAUGUAGAGCUUGUGCCAAUGGAUAGCCCACUUGUUAUUCAGCAUGGCUGGAGUGAUCAUUCUAGUAAUAGGUUUGAGUUCAGGCAGAAGACUGCACAGGGUGGUGCUAUAAAGACCGUCCUUAGAAUCCCUGGUCAACCACCUAAGGGCAAGCUGGUCAGUAUAUCUCUGUCUACUCCAGCCAAUGAAGUGGUCAUCUUGGCUCUCAAGAAGUUUGACAUGAAGAAUGUUGACCCAACUCUCUUCUGUCUUCUUGAAGUUGACAAUGAUGGAGAUGUAUGUGAUGUGGAUGAUGAAGCACUCCCCCUUCAGCUUGACUCACAUGCCUUUGUGUUGUGUGACCGUAGCAACAGGGAUCUUCAUUGGACGACCCAGGAAGAAGAAGAAGCCAAUGCUGGGGAUCGUAAGGUCAAGCGUCAGGACUCUCUCACUUCGAGAGCUAGCUCCAAGAUGUCCGCUAUAAGCUUGGGGUCUUCUUACGGGUCUUCUGAAGUUCUUUGCUCAUCACGUAUCGACAAUGAAAAAUUGUCCAAACUUGAAAAGGAGAUGGCCAGUAUUGAGGAAUCUUUAGUACCAGGUAAAGAUACUUCAACACCAAGUGCAGCUCCAGCGUCAACCCAAGUCAAAGUAAAGGACAUCAGUCCUAUUCCAGAAAUUCAUAUAAAUGAUGUAGAAGAAGACAACUCCAGUGAGAAAUAUAUUUAUAGAGAUCUAGAGGAAAAAAAUAGACAGCUGACUACAUUACAAGAGGCUCUAGCUGAUCUCGGGAACUCCUACAAUCAGAUGAAUGUAGACGCUAGAUUACAAGCACUGGAACAAAGACUAACAUCUUGUCCUGAAACAGAAUCCCUACCAGAGAGGCUUCUUGAGUUAUUAGCAGAACUGGAAGCAGCUAGUCAAGAAAUGGACGACAGACAGAGAGACCUUGAUGAGAUCAAACAAAGCGUUGAGGAGUUAGGAGCAAGCAUGGAUGACAGCACAUCAUCAAUGUAUGAAGUGACUCUAGCCGAGGUAGCUCUCCUAAAGGCACAGUAUGAUCACAGUACACUCCUAGCUAACAUGGAGAUUGCUAUUGCUGACUACCAACUUCAAGCUGCAAAGAUCGAGGAAGCCAAGAAGAAGGCUGCCAUUUCUCCCCGUGGUGCUCCCAACUUCUACAACACCUUGCCUCAUAACCAGCAGUUUUCAGUGUUUGCUCUACAUGCUAGUGCAAGCUCACAGGGUUUUCACUUUCAGGUGGCUGAACAAAACUCUCAGAGUGGAGUCUACAUACAGAGCUGUCGCUCUGCAGAUGUGCUGCGUGUUGGUGAUAGAGUCGUAGAGGUCAAUGGUCACAGCACGUUGGGGUCAAGUGUCUUAGAGGUCAACACCUUGUUGAACCGGUCCAAGAAAGCCCAGCUGGUAUGCAUGCGGGCUGGACGGGAUCAGGUUAGCAUGGAAGUGGACAGACUGACCAGACAACUAGCCACUGCUUCAGAACACUAUGAGGCAUGCUGGCAGGAGAAUAAGAGGUUAACAGAUAUAGUUCAUAGAUUGAGACCUCUAGAGCAUCAGAUCCUGGAACUUACUCAGCAGAAAGUCACAAUGCAACAACUUCACCAAAAGAUUGAGACAUUAGAGUCUAGGAAUCAGGAGCUAUCAGAGGAGUUGCGUAUGGCCCAUGAAGGGAACAUCAACCAAUCAAAUCAUGCUAUCAGUCGAUUGCAGGGAGACAAGGAAAGAUUAGAGACAAGGGUACGACAACAGGAACAGAAGCUUAAAAAGUUGGAAGCUGAAUUAGCACAGAAGAACUCAGAGACCUCAUCUAUAGUAAAGGAGCGUGAUGAUGCCCUGAGUAGGCUAAAGUCUAUUGACCUCAAUCGGAAUGAAGAGGUCAAGGUCGAUGACCUUAUUGCCAGUGCUAAUAAUGAUGCACCACUCUGGGAAGUUCUUAAACCUGCCAAUAAGGAUGAGAUACUUCAUGUGCUUCAAGAUGAGUUAGAGGAAGCAGGGAGACAGAAACAGUAUUUAGAUCAACUCUAUACCCUUAUGUUAGAGAGAGCUCCAGAGCUAUUAGAACAUCUAGAACAGGACUUUGAAGGAAGUGAAUUGUCAGGCAGCGAAGAAUUCUGCUAGUUCUCAACUCAAUUUCUGCUACCAAGCAGCGAGAUGGACAACUCACUUUUUAUUCCAGUAUUGGAAGUCAGCAUCAGGAAGCAAUUACUAGUCAUCACAUUUUGUCAUUGUUACUUGUAUUGCAGAUUUGUUAUUGCUACGGUUGAUACAUUCUAUUCAUUAUUACUGAUCUUAUUUGCCUUCAACCUUGAGAGGAUGGGGGGGGGCAUAAAGUCCAAUUCACCCCCCCCCCCCCUCGCAUGUCACCCUAUUAUUCUGAAAUGCGCAGGGAUAAUCCUGUAUGUGCAACUUCACAAAAUUCUUCUUUGAAGUCUUGUGUAGCUUUUGAAGUCAAGUAAAUAUGGAUCCAUUUCUUUAGCACAGCGAAUAUGAAAGCACUCUACUGCACCCAUUGACCUCACCUUAGUUGAGUGUUGCAUAAUGUAGAUGAAUUUCUUGCUGAAGGAAAUAUAACACUACGACUGGAAUUCAAACCCAUGGCCCACAUACUUGGUCCAUAGUUAUUAUACGCAACAAAAUAUUUCUCCUGUCUCUGCAAUAUUUUUUGUUGCCUCAUAUUCCCAUUGACAAAAAGACACAUAAUUUUUCUCAGCAAUUAAUGUUUGUACAACAUGAAACAUGCAUCCAAAGGGUAUGCUUUUAUUAUUUUCAUUGAAUUAUAAUUUAUGAAAACUUGUAUACUUGCACUGUUUUCUUUACGCUCAGCUUCUAAACGUUAUUAAUAUGAAAAAUGAACUAGUAUUAUGCAAUAUUUUGGUAUUCCUGUCUUGUGUGCUUGGACUUUGGUUUUGAUUCGUAUUCUGUAAUGCACCUUGAAUUGUAUAUUCUAUUUCAUUUUCAGUCCAUCCACUGCCUAAUAUUGCACUCAAAUAAUGAAAAAAAAUUAUAUUUAUCCAGAUUUAUAUUUUGAUGGAAUUUCAUUUUAUAUGUGUAGUACAGAAAUAGCAUUUUCUUUAGCUAGGAUUACACAUUUCUGCCUCACUCAAAGUUCUGCCAUGAAGCCUGUGUGUGAGGACUGUUAAUAUCUCAAAUCAAACAAGAAAAGUUGGUCUUUAUGGUCAAAUUGAAUCUGUACAGGAAUUUUAGCUGAAUACUGGCCCACUAGUAUGAUUAAGUCUAGUAGUGUAAUAAAAUGAUUGCAGUACAGUAUUCAGUGAGUACAUCCCUCAUAAAAAACAUCAACUUUUCAGUGCAGUUCUUCACCAAAAUCUUGAACCAAAAAAAUAAUUAAAGAAUAGAGGAGACAUGAGAAGAUGUAUCAUCUUUUAAAGGUCAAGUCCACCCCAGAAAAUUUUGAUUUGAAUAAAUAGAGAAAAAUCAAACUAGCAGAAUGCUGAAAAUCUCAUCAAAAUCGGAUGUAGAAUAAGAAAGUUAUGGCAUUUUAAAGUUUCCCUUAUUUUUCACAAAACAUUGAUAUUCACAACUCGGUGACAUCCAGAUGAGUCGGUCAAUGAUGUCCAUCACUCACUAUUUCUUUUGUUUUUUAUUGUUUGAAUUAUACAAUAUUUCAUUUUUUACAGAUUUGACAAUAAGGACCAACUUGACUGAACCAUAUAUGAUUAAAUAAUGCUAAUCCCACAUGUUCAGGGAGGAAUUAAUUGUUGUUUCACUUGACAAUGAUUAAAAAAUUAGAAUAUUUCAUAUAACAAAAUACAAAAGAAAUAGUGAGUGGGUGACGUCAUCAGUCUCAUUUGCAUACGGACCAGGAUGUGCAUAUAACUGUUUUGUGAAAUUAAGCGAAACUUUAAAAUGUCAUAACUUUCUUAUUUUACAUCCGAUUAUGAUGAAAUUUUCAGUUUUAUGUUUGUUGGAUUUUUCUCUUUUAAUUCAAAUCAACUUUUUGUCGGGGUGGACUUGUCCUUUAAUGAUAAUGGAACGUUUGUUUGAAAGAAUCUGCAAAGUUAUGCUUAUCAGUGUUGGAUAUACUCACUUCUGUUGGAUGCUGUAUAUUGACAAGUGGUUAUUAGUUCAUUGGAUCAUUUCAUAAAAUGGUAACUGGUGUAAGUGGAAGUUGGGCCAAGUGGUGGUUGUAACGCUAAGACCACAAAAGUAUUUUGGUAUUAGACCAAAUAGGUUUAGCCACUCGACUAUAUUACAGUGUAGGAAUAAGACCAAGUGUUGUAUUGACUAGAAACAUAAUACUCUUCUCUUAUAAUCAAUUUUUGUGACCCAUUUCAAGUCUUUAUUCUAUUAUCUAACUCAAAAGUUAUUUCCAGAGGUCUUAAUUUAUUUGACUUAUGUUAGAUGUAUUUUUUGUGAUCAAUGCAUUUCCUUUUUAUAUUUUCUCAGGAAAAUCCAACAAUCAAAUAAUUUAUAAUUUUGGAAGAGCUGGAAUAAAAGCGAACUCAAUCUAAGAGAACAAAUCGUGAUUUAAAUUGAAAUUCAUUUAACAAAUUGCAAACAAUCAGAUUUGUUUAACUUUGUGCUUGACCUGUUCAUAAGUGUAUGUAUUUUGUAUUUAUCAUGUUAUUAGUUUUAUAUUGAUAGAUAGGACAUAUAAGUUUGUUUUUUUGAUGUGACUUUAUACAGACUUAUCACUUUGUAAAAAAAUUGUAGAUUUACAUUUAUAUCUCAAUUUCCACUAAUUUUGUUUCAUUUGAAUAACUUCAAAUUGACUGUAGUCUUAUGUAUACAUGUACAUUUAAAUGUUUAAAUUUUUCUGGUAUGAUUCAUAUACAUCACUUACAUACAAUUCAUGAUAGUUUCAGUAGAUUUGUUAUUGUGUGAUUGUGAGGUUGAUAUGUUCCCCUCCUUCUUAAAUUACAUGUUUGAACGAAAGCAUAUAACCAUUGUUGUUAAGUGGUAAUUUCUUUUUGGAAUAUUCAAAUGUAGUUUCCAAUAAAAAUCUUGUUUUGUCUGUGCAGUAUGUGUUCUUAAUUUUAUAUUUAGAAAUUGAUUUGAAUUAUUGAUUUAUUUAUACUUACAAUCAACACUGAAAUUCUUUGUCUGUACUGCUCAUUGUUUUCUUCAUCUCUCAUCACCAAAACACAUGUACAUUUCACUAGCUUGCCAAAUGCUUUUUGUAAUAUAUACAGUAUAUAUAUCAAUGAACUAUAUUUAUUCAUGUAUAUAUUUGUUUCAAGUUUUUGUAGAUUUUUAAUCCAGUGUCUAAAUAUCACUUAAAUGAUUUCAAAUUGUCAAAUAUUGAAUCUUGAAAUUUGGUAAUAAAUUGGUAUAUAUAUAGAGUGGUCAUAAUGAUGUUGUCAAAUAUUGUACAUACAUGUAUUAUGUUCCAUGUAUAUCAAAUUUGUGUAUAGUGUAUGUUUUGUAACAUAAUAAAUAAGGAAGGGAAGUUAA